AUGUAUUUGCCCAGAUCCGAGUAUGAUCGUGGUGUCAAUACGUUCUCUCCGGAGGGCCGUCUUUUCCAAGUCGAAUAUGCCAUGGAAGCAAUUAAGCUCGGAACAACAGUAAUCGGUCUCAAAACAGCCCAGGGCAUUGUGCUUGCUGCUGAAAAGCGAAUUAGCUCUUCCCUUUUGCUUCCCUCUUCGAUUGAGAAAAUCAUUGAAGUCGAUUCGCACGUCGGAAUGGCAUUGAGUGGGGUUGCCGCCGAUUCGCGCCUUAUCAUGGACCAUGCGCGUCUGGAAGCAACUAACCAUACCUUUGUGUAUGAGGAGCCGAUCCCCAUGGAAAGCAUUGCGCAGUCUGUUGGCGAUCUGGCAUUGAGAUUCGGCGAGGGCAUUGACGGCCAAAAGGCAAUAAUGAGCCGACCUUUUGGCGUGUCCAUUCUUAUUGCAGGGAUUGACUCCAAAAAUGGCCCGAUUUUAUAUCACACAGACCCCUCUGGAACGUACCUGGAAUUUGACGCCAAGGCCAUUGGAGCCGGGUCCGAAGCUGCCAUGAUUACCCUGGAGUCUUCAUAUAAGAAGGUGCGAAAAUUGCCAUUUAUUAUCACCGUCAUUGUAGGAUAUUUUAUUGGAUGA